UCCCAUUUUUCAAUAUUAGAAACAGUGCUGUGAUGACCAUCUUUGUGGCUAAAUAUUUCUGGCCAGUCUUAAUUCUAUCCUUGGGCCAAUACCCAGAAGUGAAACAGCCCGUCUGAAGAUCUGUGCAUUUUAAGGCUUUCCGUAAGUAUUGCCAAAUGGCCUUGCUGAAGGUUUUCGCAAGGGUGUACUCCUGCCCGCACAGCGGCAGGGUCAACUGUCUCCUUUCUCAAAUAUAGGACUUCCCUGCUGCUACUGCUCACCCAUGGGGGUGCUGUCCCAGACCCAAGGGUCCCAACCUCACCGUGUCCUGUGUUGUUUGCAGUUCCCCUGAGCACGCUGCCACCAUGCCCUUGCUCAGCAAUAGUGCCAAUCGCCAAGUAGCAGGUUUUGUUAUUGCCACCACAGGAUAGAUCCUGUCCUCAACUUCCAUGGGCCUCGUGGAGUGGCGAGUGUGGCACAUGGACGACCCCUCGUUCUUCCCCACUGGCCUUGCCUGUGUGCGAAUGUGGAGAGUCUGCAUCUACCACCAUCACACCAACAUCAGCACAGCCAAAUUUUGUCAUCAGUACACCUACUAUGAUGACUUUCUCCCUCUCGACAGUCGUAUUGCUCAACACCUCAUGCUGCUUGCCAGCAUACUAGGGCUCAUGGGGAGAGGCUUCAGCAUCUAUGCACUUUGGAAUGUAUAUGUGGGAAUUCUUCAAAGGCAUGACGCCUGCCAUGCAUUUGUUGUUUCAGGGACUCUGAACAUGAUUGCUGGUGUCUGUAUCAUAAUUGCCGUGCUCCAGAAUUACUACUCUAUCACAAAUUUACAGGGGAUUGCCUUUCUGCCAUCUUUCCAACUGCCGUUCAAGUCAGAUACUCAGGAAACCGGGAGUACCGCCUUCGUGGCAAGUCUAGGUGCCUUCCUGAUGCUGUUACGUAGGUUGUUUUUCUCUCUUACCAAUUUCCCCCAGACAUCCAAGUGAUUUGAGAAACAUGAAUUUCCUGGUUGUACGGGCUUUGCAAAUCCAAGAUUCCCACCAGUUUAUGGGAAGCAUUACCAAGAUGCUCUACAAAAUAUUUCCAAGGACUCAAGACCAUGGAAAAGGUAGUUUGGGACAGAAAGUAGCCAACUGUUUCCUUCUGUUACCUUGUAUGUCUGAAUGUGGUUCAUUGAUUAGUUGAAUUAGGAACUUUCAUUAAAAAUGUAUCUUGCCCACUUGCCAAUUGGUCUUAUUGGAUGGGGACUUUAAUUAUUGUUGGCUAAAGUAACUAAUCAAUACU